UCUCGCGAGAGUACACGGCGAAUAAUGGAGGUCGGUGGGAAUGGUAGUGGGCUUCCUGUAAACAAUAAACAGAAAGCGAUGCUGCCAAAUAAAGGAGGCAGAGGCGAAUUCCCUCGAACUCAGAGGAAAGACUCAGAGGGCCUGUCUGAGUCUCCAGAUCUUGAGUUUGAGUAUUCUGAUACAGAUAAGUGGGCUGCAGAGCUGUCAGAGCUUUACAGUUACACUGAAGGACCUGAGUUUGCCCUGAACAGGAAGUGCUUUGAGGAGGAGUUCAGAGCUCAUGUGUCGGAUAAGAAGUGGACGGACCUCGAUGCAGCUCAACACAGAGCCCACGCCAUGCGUCUCCUGGAUGGUCUGGAAGUCAUCGCCCGUGAGAAGAGGCUAAAGGUUGCCAGAGCCAUUCUGUACAUGGCUCAGGGGACGUUUGCUGACUGCAGCUGUGAGGCUGAGGUGCAGUACUGGAUGAGAUACAACAUCUUUCUGCUGCUUGAUGUAGGGACCUUCUCCGCUCUGGUGGAACUUCUCAACAUGGAGAUUGAUAACAGCGCUGCCUGCAGUAGUGCGGUAAGGAAGCCAGCCAUCUCCCUCGCUGACAGCACAGAUCUCAGAGUGCUGCUCAACAUAAUGUACCUGAUGGUGGAGACCAUCCAGCAGGACGACCCCGCCGACAAGCCGGAAUGGAAAAUCAUGAAGGAAACCUUCAGAGCAGAAAUGGGUUCCCCUCUGUUCAACAACGAGCCCAUUUCUUUCAUGCUCUUUGGGAUGGUUACCAAGUUCUGCAGCGGCCAUGCCCCGCACUUUCCCAUGAAGAAGGUGUUGCUGCUGCUGUGGAAGAGCAUACUGUUCACGCUGGGAGGGUUUGAGCAGCUUCAGAGCAUAAAGAUCCAGAAACGCGGGGAGGUGGGUCUCCCCCCUCUCCCAGAGGACAGCAUUCGAGUCAUCCGCAGCAUGAGGGCGGCGUCUCCUCCGGCGUCGGCGUCCGAUCUCAUUGAGCAGCAGCAGAAACGGGCUCGUCGGGAACACAAGGCGCUGAUUAAACAGGACAACCUGGAUGCCUUCAAUGAGAAGGAUCCCUACAAGGCGGAUGACUCUCGUGAGGAUGAGGACGAUAACGACGACAACGACAACUCUUUGGAGGCGGAGACUUUCCCUCUGGAGCGAGACGAGGUGAUGCCUCCACCCAUUCCUCAUCCUCCGUCGGAGAGGGUUUCCUUCCCUAAGGGAUUGCCCUGGGCUCCCAAAGUCAGGGAAAAAGAUAUCGAGAACUUCCUGGAGUCCAGCAGAAGUAAAUUCAUCGGUUACACGCUGGGAAGCGAUACGGAUACAGUGGUCGGUUUACCCAGGCCCAUUCACGAGAGCAUCAAGACGCUAAAGCAGCAUAAGUAUAUUUCUCUAGCGGAGAUACAGAUGGCGAAGGAGGAGGAAUAUCAGAAAACACCUCUGUCUGUGGGUGAGGAGGAGGUGGAGAUGUGUGCCACCGAGCUGCUCUAUCAGGGAAUCCUGCCCAGUUUGCCUCAGUACAUGAUUGCGCUGCUGAAGAUCCUGCUCGCUGCCGCGCCGACAUCCAAAGCCAAAACAGACUCCAUUAACAUCCUGGCAGAUGUGCUGCCGGAGGAGAUGCCGACAACGGUUCUGCAGAGCAUGAAGCUCGGCGUCGACGUGAAUCGCCACAAGGAGAUAAUUGUGAAAGCCAUCUCUGCCAUCCUGCUGCUGCUGCUGAAACACUUCAAACUGAACCACGUCUACCAGUUUGAGUACAUGGCUCAGCACUUGGUGUUUGCCAACUGCAUCCCGCUCAUCCUGAAGUUUUUCAACCAGAACAUCAUGUCUUACAUCACAGCAAAAAAUAGCAUUUCAGUGCUCGACUUUCCACACUGUGUGGUCCAUGAACUCCCGGAGCUGACGGCAGAGAGUUUGGAAGCGGGAGACAACACUCAGUUUUGCUGGAGGAACCUGUUCUCGUGUAUCAACCUGCUGAGGAUCCUGAACAAAUUAACCAAAUGGAAGCACUCCAGAACAAUGAUGUUAGUCGUGUUUAAGUCGGCUCCCAUCCUGAAGAGGGCGCUGAAGGUCAAGCAGGCCAUGAUGCAGCUCUACGUCCUCAAACUGCUCAAAGUGCAGACCAAAUACUUGGGGCGGCAGUGGAGGAAGAGCAACAUGAAGACCAUGUCUGCCAUCUACCAGAAGGUGCGACAUCGCCUCAAUGACGACUGGGCGUAUGGAAACGACCUGGACGCUCGUCCCUGGGACUUCCAGGCCGAGGAGUGCGCCCUACGGGCCAGCAUCGAGCGCUUCAACAGCCGGCGCUACGACAAGAGCCACAGUAAUCCAGACUUCCUCCCCGUGGACAACUGCCUGCAGAGCGUCCUGGGGCAGCGGGUGGACCUGCCCGAGGACUUCCAGAUGAACUACGACCUUUGGCUGGAGCGCGAGGUCUUCUCCAAGCCCAUUUCCUGGGAGGAGCUGCUACAGUGAGGCUCAGCCGCGGCGAAACGUCUUUUUUUUUUCGUGAACAGUGUCGGUCUGGAGCUCAGAAAAGACGUUUUUUGUCCCUGAUCGAACUCUUAACGCAGCGUUAGUCACACGUUCUGACGUUUGCAUUUCCUUCUCAGAGGUUGACCAUCAGCUGGGAUCUGUGUGGUUUUACAGGUCGCUCAAGCCUUUCGACCAAGUGCUUUCUGACGUAAACUUUAGCCUUUAAGACAUUUAGUAUUAACGUAAAUCAACGUAAAAAGGGAAAAAAAGACAAAUAUGAUCUUUUUUUGUAUUAAGGUUCCCCAGAGCCUUCCCUCCGCUGCUCCGACUUUAUAGAUGAGUGAUAAUGGUUCAGACCCUCAGUCUUAGAGUUACAUAUUUCUCUGUGUGCCUCUCGCCUAAGUAGGUCAGAGAAUCGUCUGGAAGCGCUACAGCUUAGGUUUAAAGUAACUUUUCUGUGUUUAUGCUUCAGUUUGAUUUGAUCUGAAACAGUCAGUUGCCUAAUCCUCUGGGUAAGAAUUCAUGCAUCCUGUAGUCGUCGUCUGAAGCUUGGUUACGUUUUUUUAUUUGUUUCACCUGAGCGCUGACUUCCUGCCUCCGGUGUGGGGACCAUCGAUCGUCGUGCAGACCGAACGAGAAGAAGCUGUAAACUUUUACACGUUUGUUACUGUCUGUGAGUGAGAAGCAUCGGUGGUUUCCGAUUUCUCGUCGCACUCAUCAAAGCAGCUUAUUCAAAAUCAAACGGCAAGUUAAUUAGAUGUUAUCAAGCUUCAAUCUUUUAGCAGUUUGGUUUAUUUUUCUUUUUGUUAAAAGGGUGGUGAAGAAAGUAUAAAUACGUGUGUAUCUAUUUAUCAUGACUGUCUUUGUUUUUACAUGGACUCAAUGUAAUAAAAUCCUACCAUCGUUUAUUUAAA